AUGUAUGUUCAGUAUGCAACAGGUUCUGUUACCGAUUUUUUGAUUUCCACAACUAGUUGUCCUCCUCCACAUUAUCUAAUUGGACCAAAAUUGUUUGUACAGGUGUCCGUAACGAAAAAGAUUACCACUGAUCCUGAUGAAUCGGAAGAUUAUGCUACUGAAGCUAGCAAUGUUCUUCCAUUUGCCGAUCACGAUCUCUUCAACAACCUCAUGGGUGAGGCGAAGUCCCUCAAUCCGAAUGCCAAUGCGGUUUUUGAUGUGCACUGCACUUAUUCUCUUUCGGACUCAAUGCUGGUUUCUGUUGUCACUGGUAUAUUAGUGCGCCUGACGUGUUUACCGCGAGAUGUGUCCGUCUCGCCGUCCCUAUCAAAUGUGCUUUCAUUCACCAAUUUACAACGUUACAAUGACGCAAGGCGGUUCUCAUGGGGAACUGUCAGAGAAGCCAUCCGGUUCAAGCCAUCGGUAACACCAGGAAUUGGUUUGAAAAUUCUCAAUUUGAAGUCAGUUAUCCCAUCCAGAACUCGUUGGCAUCUGCUCAAACAAUUUGAUUAUAGACCGCCAAACUCUGAGCUUGACGAAUCAACGGUUUCAAAGAGUCGCCUUCGGCUAAAUACCUUUGUAGAGAAAAUUCGACGACGUCAACAUGAAAAGGAAUACGUUACUCAUAUGGUUUUCGAACGGCAUUUGAGCGCUUCCAUCGGUCUCCUGGACCCGACUACGGCUUCUAACAGCAAUUCGGUACGAAAUUGCCUAUUAUUCUAG